AUGACAGACAUUGACGAAUUGUUGAAAAUCGACAACAUAAUUUCUAGACUCUUGGAAGUGCGCGGUGCGAGACCUGGCAAGAAAGUUCAGCUGUCCGAUGGUGAAAUGAUGGGCCUGUGCCUCAAGUCCAGGGAGAUCUUCCUAUCGCAACCCAUGCUAUUGAAGCUCGAUGCGCAGUUGAAAACAUGUGGUAAACAGCGGUAUAAUAUAAAGCUCUGGAAAGUAUUUACAGACUGUUUACGGAAUUAUUUACCUGUGGCAGCAAUUGUUGAAGAAGAGAUUUUUUGUUGUCAUGGUGGUCUUAGUCCUAAUUUGCAGUCAAUGGAUCAAAUUAGGCAGAUUAUGAGGCCAACAGAUGUUCCUGAUCAGGGACUAUUAUGUGACUUGCUUUGGUCUGAUCCUGACAAAGAUACAAUGGGUUGGAGAGAAAAUGACGACAGUGUAUCAUUUAUACUUGGUGCUGCCGUUGUAAGACAAUUUUUGCAUAAACAUGAUUUUGAUUUCAUAUGUAGGGCUCACGAGGUUUUUGUAGAGGAUGGUUUCGAGUUAUUUGCAGAGGACAAGUUGGUCACUUUAUUUUCAGCACCAAGUUAUUUAAGAAAGUUUGGUUAUGCUGGAGCAAUGAUGUUGUGCUCAUUCCAGAUUUUAAAGGUAUGA